UAUCGUUACUAAUGACAUGGAAUAACAGUGCUGGAAAAGAAAAAAGUUUUCUCAGUAUAGCUAACUGUUUAAGAAAAAUAGACCAUGAAAAAUUAGCCGAAUGGUUGUCGGACACAGUUUUUACUCAAUUGAGUAUGGAAUUAAGUAAUAGUUUUCUUCAAAACACUACGUUACAAAGAAAUACAGCUACAGUUUCGUCCCGAUCACAGAAAGUUCUACAAAUUGAAAGUUGUCCAUAUGAUAGAAAUGUUUUGUUUUUAUUAUUCGAUACGUUUUGCAUGUAUUUCAUAUUGAUGGCCAUYGUAACAUUUGUAUUCUAUUCAUUGGGUUUGUUGGUUCGAACUAUAAAAGAAAGCCAAWACAUUCUUAGCAAGUAUAUUAUUUUUAGAAAUUAAAAAGUAAC